AUGGAUAUCCUGCCCCUGCCUCUGCGCCCGCGCAUACGACCUGCGAUGAGCGUGAGGAGCAGGAGGAGGAGGAGGGAAGCGCUACACUGGUGGUGCACGUCGGCGGGGUUUGGAAACGGGGGAGCUGGAGUUGGAGUUGGUGGUGGUGUCGUCGUCGGCGCGAGGGGGUUGUUGACCAUGAGCCACGCGGCUGGACCGACGGAACCGCCGCUUGUCCCCCACUCGAUCCCGCGGCACUUCGCCGCCGUCGUGGCCUGCCACGGGGACCGGCUGGCUCUCAUCUCCCGCGCGCAGCGGGAGCGGCUCACCUACCGGGAGCUGGACGAGCGGAGCACGGUGCUGGCGCAUGCGUUGAGGGCGAGGGGCGUGAGGAAGGGGGACAGGGUCGUCGUGAUGUUGGGCAAUAGCUGGGAGUGUGGGGUUGUGAGUUAUGCUGUUUUCAAGCUGGGGGCCAUCUUGGUCCCUUUAAACCCGGCCUUCAACUGCCCCCAGGUGUCAUCCGCCAUCUCGCACCUCUCUGCUGCCCAUCUCAUCCUGAGCACCGAGACGAACCUCCCGUUCAAGUCUCCGCGCGAGAACAUCACUUUGCUAAAGCAGAUAUGUCCCGAUUUGUCAUCCAGCAAAGUAGAGUCAUCAUCUGUUCCGUCGCUCCGCAAUAUCAUUCUGGUAGACAACUCAUCCGCGCGGAUCGACACCUCACCCUGGAGAGCCACGACGCCCUUCUCAGCCCUCCUCUCCUCCUACGAUUCCAAGAGGAACACCGCCAUCGUCCCAGACGAACAGCUCAAACCAUCCGAUACCAUCAACAUCCAGUUCACAUCGGGCACCACGUCCGCCCCGAAGGCCGCCUGCCUGACUCACACCGGCAUCCUCAACAACGGGCUCGCCAUCGGCACCCGGAUGGGUCUCGGGCCCACCGACAUCGUGUGCUGUCCGCCCCCGCUCUUCCACUGUUUCGGGUCCAUCCUCGGCUACAUGGCGACCGCGACAACCGGCGCAGCGCUACUCCUGCCGAGCGAGGCCUUCGACCCGCGAGCGACCCUGCGAGCGGUGCAAGAGGAGCAGGCCACGGCGCUCUACGGGGUCGCGACCAUGUUCGUCGCCGAGCUCGAACUCCUCGCCACCAACGCCGUCCCCUCCCGCGGCUUCGAUCAUCUGCGCACGGGCAUCGCGGCGGGCAGCUCGGUGCCGCGCCCGCUGAUGGAGAAGCUGCACGCGAGCCUCAACCUGACGGGCCUGACCAUCUGCUACGGCAUGACGGAGACGAGUCCCGUGUCGUGCAUGACCACCCCGGACGACCCGCUCGCCCAGCGCCUGGAGAGCGUCGGCCGGCUUCUCCCGCACGUCGAAGCCAAGAUCGUGUCCGUCGCGGACGGGAGAUCCACCACCCUCCCGGUCGGCGAGAGGGGAGAGCUGGUCGUGAGCGGCUACCACGUCAUGAAGGGCUACUGGAACGACGGCGCGCGCACCGCCGCGGUCCGCGUCGUGGAAAGGGUCGUGGAGGGAGCGAAGGAGGAGGAGGAGGAGGAGGGGAAGGAGAAGGAGAAGGAGAAGGUGUGGAUGUCUACCGGCGACGAGGCCGAGAUGGACGCGGACGGCUACGUCAAGAUCACGGGCCGGAUCAAGGACCUGAUCAUCCGCGGCGGCGAGAACAUCCACCCGCUGGAGAUCGAGAACGCGCUCUUCGGCAUGGAUGCCGUGAGCGAGGUCAGCGUGGCGGGCGUGCCGGACGGGCGCUACGGCGAGGUCGUGGCGGCCUUUGUGGUGGUGUCCCAGGGCGUCCGGGUCGGGGUUGAUGAUCGAGGGGAGGGCGAUCCUCGGGUUGAUGCAUAUGGUGCGAAGGGGAUGGGAGGGGCGGGAGCGGGAGCGGGAGCGGGAGCAGCGAGAGCGGGAGCUUCAGGCGAGGAGGGCCAGGAGGGCCAAGGGGGAGACUUGAAAAAAGUCCUGACGAGAGACAUGGUCCGGACCUGGGUCCGGGAGCGGCUGAGCGGGCACCUGGUGCCCCGGUACGUGUUCUGGGUCCGCGGCUACCCCAAGACGGCGAGUGGCAAGAUCCAGAAGUUCCGUCUCAGGGAGAUGGCUGCGGAGUGGGUGAGGGAGGAUUAG